CUAGGGGAAAGUUAGUGAGUUUCAUGUGACAGAAAAGCGCAAGGAUCCACCUUUCUUAGCAUGAGUUGCGCGCAGUGCGGAGCUCGUUGGAUUUGAUCGAUCAACACAUAUUUACACCUGACGUUGUGAUCCCGUAUAAUAUGGCCAUGAAGCUUUAGCUUUUUGUUUUCGUUCUAUUUUUUUUUAAACGCGUUAGCAUUUGUUCACGUUCAGCAGGCCUUGAUACAUUACUGGCGCCAGAAGGUUUAUUUCUGAAAUGUUUAUUUUCUUAUUUUCAAAUUCAAAGCAAGAGGCGAAUCUUAAUAUCACAUAAUCUUUUCCGAAAUGCAAAUGGGGUGCGGCGACCGAGAAAAUUAGCAUUUUGACUACCUUGGUGGUUCGGUCAUCUGUUCUAUCAGCAUGCUGCGUGCCAAGGAGCUGUCGCGGUCGCUGAAGCGAGUCUCAGAAAAAGACGACGACACCACGUUGCAGAAUAUUCUGCUUAUUGAUGACGACGGAGCUAUUUUGGGCGCAGCAAAUCCAACGGAUUCACGGGACGAACAUUGUUCCGCUGUACUAGCCAGCAUCUACAACGAAUACAAGGUGAGGGUGGUUCAUUGCGCAGCUAAUAUUUCUUUUGAUCAUGAAGAUGUUUGUUCUACUUUCGCCGAUCUUGGCGAAUUUCAGCUGUGAAUCACUCUGAACGAGGCGCUCAGAAUAAUAUGUUUGAACCUGAAGCUAAUUAUUUUUGAGGUUUGUAAUACUAAUAAAUCUCGUUUCCCCAACGAACUGUAUAACAGGCAGCAGAGAAAUGCAUGGCCCCGGGGGACGGCUGCCUGAAGACCGUAAUAUUUAACACGGAGAGCAUAUGGAAGCGUCAGGAUCGAAAUGGACAAAAUCGAAAAAUUUGUAAUGCAUAAAAUCGAUACCAGUUGGAGCCUCAGUUUUUAAGUGGCGCAUGACAAAUUUCGGGAGCACCAAAAUCCAGUCUGUCAUGCUGUUUGGGCAAAGAAGGCUGCUCCUGUCGUGCUACUCUGGCAGCGCGUCGUCUUCCCCUAAACAGGCUUGCAAUCGGUCUCAUUUGCCUGCUGCCCAAUACAGGCCAUACGUGCCCUACAUUUUAUGCAUCACAAAUUUUUUGAUUUUGUCGAUUUCGAUUCUGACACUUCCAUAGAGCAGCAAGGUUGUCGUCCGCGAGCUGUUCGAGGAAAAGGACCAGAUUGAGCAUCGGAUACUGCUUGCCGUCCUGGGUGUAUGCAAGAAAAAAACUGUGUAAGUGUAAAUUUGUGUUGCAGAACAUGCAACAGAGUUACACCUGUCAUGCCAGACAGCCACGAAGCUCUCUUUUCAGGUGUGUUUUGCCUUACAAGCCACGCAUGACAGGUUUUCUCUGUCAUGUAGAGCAAAUUUGUGAUGCUGUUCCUCAAAGAAAGUUACACUUACACACUUUUUUUCCUGGAUAGGGUGAGAAAGAUGGCGACGGCAUGCUGCUGCAGCGGAAACUUGAGGUUGCGCGCGUAAAUCUGCAGUGUCUGCGCGAAAUAUUUCUCGUACCGUCUGGCUGAGGCACAACAGCCUGUGCGUUGAAAAUCUCCACACGUAAGAACGGUGGAGAGAUCCGACCAUGCGCAAAAGAUCUUUUGCGUUCUGCGAAGAUAUGAUCCAACACAUCAAAGUAUGCGUCGAUUAAGUAAUAUGAGGUGUUCUACCGCC